AUGUACGACACAGACGAUCGCCAACCCCAUGUCUCGAUGGAAAAGGUCGACGCGCACUCCCCACCAGAAACAUGCAAACUCAUGACCCAAGCCGGUAUCGCUAAAGCCAAACUCCCCUGGCUAGAUCUUAUCGUCAAAUCUUUCUUCGGCGGAAUUUUCAUCUCGCUGGGCUCCCUCUUCGAUCUUGUCGUCGCUGGCGGCGCACCUCAACAACGCGAAGCAAACCCAUCUCUCAUUACCCUGCUCGCAGCAUUCACGUUCCCCAUCGGCUUCGUCCUCGUCAUCUUAACAAAUGUCGAAUUGGUGACGAGCAACAUGACGGUUAUGACGUAUACCACUUUGCAACGAAAAACAAGCGUUUAUGACCUUUUGAGGAAUUGGAUCGUUAGUUAUGUGUUCAAUCUGGCGGGGUGUUUGUUUUUCGCUGGCGUUUUGGCCUGGUGGAGUGAUACGCUGAGUUCUGACGCUAUGUCAUCGUAUGCGGUUAAGCAAGCUGAGAUGAGAGUCAAUGUUGGUUGGGGAUACAGCUUUACGAGGGGAAUUGGAUGCAACUGGCUUGUCGGGUUGGCAGUCUUCCUUUCAAUGAGCAGCAAGGACAAUUUUUCCAAGAUUGUUGGUAUCUGGAUACCAAUCUGGGCAUUCGUCGCACUCGGCUAUCAGCAUUCCAUCGCCAAUUUCUUCUUGUGCCCAAUCGGUAUGUUCUACGGAACCAAUUUCGGUGUCGGCAAGUUCAUCUACAUGUCUAUCAUCCCAGUCACGUUGGGAAACAUCGUUGGUGGCGCACUUAUGACGGGCGCAUUUCUGUGGUUCUUGUAUGGACGGGAUGAUACCCUCGCUACAAAGACAGGACAACCGUUGAGUGGUGAGAAUAAGAGGAGGGAUACGAACGGCCGUGAAACAAAUGCACAGACUGUCUCGACAGAGAAUGGCCGAAGAAGGGGGAAUGAUAGUAUGGUAUGA